UUUUCCAAUCUCAUAUUAUUCUUCCGAGAGAAUUGUUCUUGCUCUCACGCGUUGAUAUUGGUUCACGCUCUCCUUUCUUGAGUCUUGCCUAGCCUCUCCAUAUAUAGUAAGGGCCAAGAACGCUUUCCCUUCAUCAAUACUUUGCAGUUCCACAACUUCUUUACAGCUUCAUUCAUGUUCGACUGAAGCAAUACACCGGGAAGCAACAUCUGUAGUAUUAUAAGCAUAAGAUGAAGUUUGGGAAAGAGUUUGUGUCCCAAAUGGUGCAAGAAUGGCAAAACGCCUACAUGGAUUACAACUUUCUCAAGUCGAUCCUGAAGGACGCCCUACGCCAUCGACAACUGAAUUCACAACCAUCCCCAGGAGCGUCAAUGACCUCUUCGCAGGGCCCUUUAAAGAGAAGGGGAUCGCUCUACCGAGCAUUCAGCGGGCUAUCGAAUCGGUAUGCCCGGAAUUCUCCCCGGAAAAGUAGUGAAGAAGAAGAAGUGAUACUAGUCAGUGCUGUUCAAGAGGAGGGAUCGGAUUACGGGAGGUACCAGACCAUGUUUCUGAGGUUGUCCGACGAGGGAGGCGAGUAUGAGCUCUUGUUCUUCAGGAGGCUGGAUGACGAGUUCAACAAAAUCUUGGGCUUUUAUAAGAAGAAGGUAGAGGAAGUGGUGGCCGAGGCAGAUGAACUGAGCAAGCAGAUGAAUGCAUUGAUCACUCUUCGCAUCAGGGUUGAGAAACCGGUCAUGGGAUUAUUGGGGACCAACACUAGCAUCACUGCCGUUGGUAUCUCGCCAUCCCCAGCCUCCGUUUCUGUCGACAUUACAACAUCAGGAGGGACACGAAUGGAUGUUAUCCAAGAACUUGAAAUGACUAGUGAGGAAAACGAUAAACCAGAAGAUAGAGUUGAUGGCACCGCGAAAGCUGCAGAUACGGAUCAUGAGGCCAAUGGAAGAAAUGCUGAUAGCUCUAACUACAGACCAGCUCCGAUUAGUAUAAAGGAUCAUGUGGAGUUCACUGUCCAACCUCAAAGUCCAGUAUUAGCUGCUCAUGAAAUCCUGAAGAGUUUAAACUCAGAUGUGUCGGUCACCAAGACAGAGCUGAGGAAAGCAGAGGAAUUGAUGACGAGAGCUUUUAUGGAAUUCUACCAAAAGCUUCAACUUCUAAAGAGCUACUGCUUCUUGAACCAACUGGCAUUCUCCAAAUUAAUGAAGAAGUACGACAAGAUCACUCAUCGCAAUGCUUCAGCGUCUUACUUAAAGAUGGUGGAUGAUUCGUACCUCGGCAGCUCUGAUGAGGUUUCAAGGCUUAUGGGAAGAGUUGAAGCUGCAUUUAUUAAGCAUUUUGCUAAUGGAAACCGCCGUAAAGGGAUGAGAACCCUAAGACCAACAGCUAAGAGAGAAAAGCAUAGAAUUACAUUCUUUUCAGGUUUCUUUACAGGAUGCGCAUUGGCUCUUGUAGUGGGCAUUAUAGUGGCUCUACAUGCAAGAGAUCUCCUAAAAAGUCCCGGGCGCAACCAGUACAUGAAUACUAUGUUUCCCCUUUAUAGCUUAUUCGGAUUCAUUAUCUUGCAUAUGGUGAUGUACGCUGCAAACAUAUACUUCUGGAGGCGUUAUCGGAUCAAUUAUUCCUUUAUAUUUGGAUUCAAAAAAGGGACAGAACUGGGUUAUCGGGAAGUCCUCCUUCUUAGUUCCGGGCUCUCAGUUUUAAUGAUGGCCGGCAUUGUGUCUAAUCUUGACAUGGAUAUGGACCCAAAAACAAAAAGCUAUAAGGCAUUGACGGAAUUGGUUCCACUCGGGUUGGUCGUGGUUGUGAUUUGCAUUACAUUCUGCCCUUUCAACGUCAUUUACCGUUCAAGCCGCUUCUUCCUGAUUCAGUGUGCGUUUCAUUGUAUAUGUGCUCCGUUUUACAAGGAAACACUAACUGAUUUCUUCUUGGCAGAUCAACUUACAAGCCAGGUUCAGGCCUUCAGAAGUCUGGAGUUUUAUAUCUGUUACUAUGGUUGGGGAGACUUUAGAAGAAGAACAGAUAAGUGUAAUGAAAGCAAAGUCUUUGAAGUGUUUUACUACAUCGUCGCAGUUAUUCCAUAUUGGAUGCGUUUUCUUCAGUGCCUCCGGCGCCUGUACAGCGAGAGAGACAAAAUGCAGGGGUUCAACGGCUUGAAGUACUUUUCAACCAUCAUUGCAGUUGUUGCGAGAACGGGUCAUGAAUUGAGAAGGGGGUUCACGUGGAAGAUCAUCGCCGCAACUAGCUCGGGGGUUGCGAUGGUCAUCAACACAUAUUGGGAUCUCGUCAUCGACUGGGGCCUCCUGAGGCGAAAUACCAAGAACUCCUGGCUGAGAGAUAAACUCGCGAUUCCAAACAGAAGCAUUUACUUCGUAGCCAUGGUACUGAAUGUUAUACUGAGACUUGCGUGGAUGCAGAACAUCUUAGGCUUCAGAGAGGCGCCUUUCCUACAUAGAACAGCCUUGACUGCGAUUGUCGCUAUCUUAGAAAUCAUCCGCCGUGGAAUUUGGAAUUUUUUCAGGUUGGAAAAUGAGCACUUGAACAAUGUCGGCAAGUACCGGGCCUUCAAAUCGGUACCCCUUCCUUUCAACCAUGACUAAGACGACAAGGGUGGUUCCAAGCCUCAAAACCUAGGCUUGCUUUGGAGAAAGUUGGCUCCUGUCGCGUUCUCGUCGUUUUGCACCGAACCAUUGGCCGAACAAGAAAGAACUGAGGUCAGGGUUGCGCUUGGGAAAGGCACAGUAGAUCCUGAGGGUGGAUCAGUAGUGGAUGCCAAGGAUUGCAAUCUUGAAGGCAAUUCUAAUUCUCCGGUGUACUCAGUCGAGGUCGCCAACUGGAGCGAGGAAGAAGAGGAGAUUGAUGAGAACGAGGAGGUGGAGUAG